AUGGCUGCAUAUAUCAGUUUCCUCAUCCCUGCAUAUAUUCAUUCUCACAUCUUCCAGGAACCAUCUGCGGAGGUCGUGACUAGACUCGCUAUUAGCCAGUACUGCCAAUGGUUAUCAAAAGAUGUGAUAUUUACUGGGCUGAAGCUUAAGGCAGAUCCUGAGUUUGAGUCGAGCAUGGCAGUAGCAUUGGAUAGAAUUGCGCUACUGAAUUUUACACUGAUCUAUGGCUGGAAUAUUGACGGGUACACCUAUCUCGAUGAUGUAGACGACUCACAGCUGAACCAAUGCAUCAAAGUUGUUUUCGCCACAAAAACCAUCCUGGUCAUGCGUGCACUCCUCCCAUCUCUACAAAUCACCACCCCUUCUCCUCCCACUCUUUUGGCUGUGUCGAUGGCAUGA